AAUUAUCCUUUUUCUUCCUCUACAAGUGAAAAUACACACGAAAGGUGAAAGGCAAGGGUGAAAGGUCAUAAUAACAUUAUUUUCGCCUCUUACUUUUCUUUUGUCCAGUGACUGGUGGAUGCAAGUAUCAACGGAUGACUAAAACUUGAUAAGCUGAAGAACCAUGGCUCUCAAAGGGAUAAAAGUGAUUGAAUUAGCUGGUCUUGCCCCUGUGCCAUUCUGUGGCAUGGUACUGAGUGAUUUUGGAGCUCGGGUCAUACGCAUUGACAGGCCAAGUGGCGUCAGUAUAGAUCGACUUGCCAGGGGCAAGCAGUCUGUUUCUGUUAAUUUGAAAAAGGAAAAAGGCAUCAAUGUUGUGAAAAGGUUGUGCCAGUCAGCAGAUGUUUUAAUCGAGCCUUUUCGUCCUGGAGUCAUGGAAAAACUGGGCCUGGGACCAGAGGAGCUCAUGAAGGCAAACACAAAAUUGAUUUAUGCUCGGUUGACUGGUUAUGGUCAAACUGGAGCAAUGGCUCUCAAGGCAGGGCAUGAUAUCAACUAUAUAGCAAUGUCUGGUGCACUCUCAAGGUUUGGAAGGUUUGGUGAACGUCCUUACCCGCCUGUCAAUAUUGUUGGUGACUUUGCUGGGGGUGGCCUCUCCUGUGCUCUGGGUAUCCUCAUGGCUCUGUACGAGCGGUCAGUGUCCGGCAAAGGUCAGAUGGUGGACUCCAGCAUGGUGGAAGGAUCUGCAUAUAUAGCCAGUUUUAUAGAUGCUACCAAUGAUAUGCUGUUUCCCAAGCCCAGAGGGAAAAACUGGUUGGAUGGAGGUAGUGCGUACUAUGACACCUACCAGACAAAAGAUGGAAAGUAUAUGGCUGUCGGUGCUCUGGAACCCCAGUUUUAUAAGGACUUACUAAAAGGCUUGGGUCUGGAGGGAAGUGGGACCUCUCAGUCAGAUGAUCAGGACCAGCAGAGGCAGUUGUUCAGUAAGAUUUUUGCUACGAAGACAUCAGAGGAAUGGGUUGAAGUUUUCAAAGACUUGGAUGCCUGCGUUACGCCAGUGCUCACUCCCGAAGAAGCAGCUGAUCAUCCUCACAACAAAGAGCGAGGAUUAUUCAUCAGGGGCACUGUGCCCGAGCUUCAAGGUGCCCCUGCUCCACGACUCAGCAGAACUGGGGCUGAUGGGACUGAAAGAGCACUGCCUGAUUGUGGGGCCAAUACUGUUGAUGUCCUUUUGGAACAUGGGUUUUCUGAGACUGAGAUUAAUGAUUUAGUCAGUAGUGGUGCCAUAUCCUCAAAUGCAAAAUUGUAAUUUCCCAAGAUCUAAAAUCUUGAAUACUGUUUGUGCUUUACUAAAGAAAUUUUUUCCUUGAAAUGUUGUCAGAGAAAGAUAUGGAAUGGAUUUCCAUGUUUUAUGUAGCAGUUUAUUGGAAGUAGUUUAUUUUUGUAAACAAAGAUGUGAAAUUGAUUUUGCUUCUCUGCAUUGCUAAAUGUUUUUAAAAAAUUAUGAGAGAGAUGUGGAAUGAAUAUCUAUUACAUUUCUAAAACAUGGUCUUUUAAUUCAUAUCAUUCAUCUUUUGGAUUGUUAGCAAGGAUAUCAGCAGCUGUGUAACUAUUCUUGAUUUUAUAUGAAAGAUCAUAGAGUUGUUUGAAAAAAAAAUAAGGAAAAA